GCCCAGCUACCCGGGGAACCAAGUAGCAAAAUCCUCCCGCGCUCCUAGAGAGGACCCGGAAGCUCAGCGCAAUCCCGGAAGACGAGGUACUGACACACUUCCGGCCUUUGUGACUCAUUGUGUCUGUGUCGAAGCGUCGGGAGGGCCUAGGUCCUUGUGCAGCGCCCUUCGGCCGGUCUGAGCCCCAGAGGCGGCUCCCCUUUCUCUCCCAGCGCCCCAAGGCCGCUCCCGGGGCUCACGGAAUCAUACAGAAACAGAUAUCAGAGAACAUUUCCAAGGACAAAAAGAAGAGGACAGACUUUAUUUGGAUCAAGUCAGUUCUCUGAACCUGAAUGAUGACUGCUGAAUCAAGGGAAGCUACUGGUCUGUCCCCCCAGGCUGCCCAAGAGAAGGAUGGUAUCGUAAUAGUGAAGGUAGAAGAGGAAGAUGAGGAAGAACACAUGUGGGGGCAGGAUUCCAGCCUGCAGGAGACUCCUCCUCCUGACCCAGAGAUCUUCCGCCAACGUUUCAGGCACUUCUGUUAUCAGAACACUUUUGGGCCUCGAGAGGCUCUGAGUCGACUGAAGGAACUUUGUCAUCAGUGGCUUCGACCAGAGAUAAACACCAAGGAGCAGAUUCUGGAGCUGCUGGUGCUAGAGCAGUUCCUUUCCAUCCUGCCCAAGGAGCUUCAAGCCUGGCUGCAGGAAUACCGUCCCGAUAGUGGGGAGGAGGCUGUGACCCUUCUGGAAGAUUUGGAGCUUGAUUUAUCAGGACAGCAGGUCCCAGGUCAAGUGCAUGGACCUGAGAUGCUCGCAAGGGGGAUGGUGCCUCUGGAUCCUAUUCAGGAGUCCUCAAGCUUUGACCUUCAUCAUGAGGCCACCCAGUCCCAUUUCAAGCAUUCAUCUCGGAAACCCCGCCUCUUACAAUCACGGGCUCUCCCUGCCACCCACGUUCCUGCCCCUCAUCACGAGGGGAGUCCCAGAGACCAAACAAUGGCUUCUGCACUAUUCACGGCAGAUUCCCAGGCAAUGGUGAAGAUCGAGGACAUGGCUGUGUCCCUCAUCCUGGAGGAAUGGGGAUGCCAGAACCUGGCUCGGAGGAAUCUCAAUAGGGACAACAGGCAGGAGAAUUAUGGGAACGUGUUUUCCCAGGGUUGUGAAAGCAGGAAUGAGAAUGAGGAGUCGACUUCCAAGGCUGAAAUCACAAAAGACUCAGCAUCACGUGGGGAGACAAGAGGAAGAAUCCAGAAAGAUUUGGGAGAAAAACGUGAACAGCAGGGCAGAACAGCAGAAAGGCAGCAGAAGACUCCUGAGGAGAAAGCUGGAAAAGAAAAGAAAGAUUCAGGUCCAGCUACAGCCAAGGAAAAAAAAACAACCACAGGAGAGAGAGGACCCAGGGAGAAGGGUAAAGGAUUGGGAAGAAGCUUCAGCCUGAGUUCAAACUUUAACACCACUGAAGAAGUUCCGACAGGAACAAAGUCUCAUAGAUGUGAUGAAUGUGGUAAAUGCUUCACAAGGAGUUCAAGCCUUAUUCGCCAUAAAAUCAUCCACACUGGAGAAAAGCCCUAUGAAUGCAGUGAGUGUGGGAAAGCCUUCAGUCUGAACUCAAACCUUGUCCUGCAUCAGAGAAUCCACACGGGGGAGAAACCUCAUGAAUGUAAUGAGUGCGGCAAAGCCUUCAGUCAUAGUUCAAAUCUCAUUCUGCAUCAGCGAAUUCACUCUGGAGAGAAACCUUAUGAAUGUAACGAGUGUGGGAAGGCCUUCAGCCAGAGCUCAGACCUUACAAAACAUCAGAGAAUCCACACGGGAGAGAAACCCUAUGAAUGUAGCGAAUGUGGAAAAGCUUUCAACCGAAACUCAUACCUUAUUUUGCAUCGGCGAAUUCACACCCGAGAAAAGCCCUAUAAGUGCACUAAGUGUGGCAAGGCCUUCACCCGGAGCUCGACCCUCACUCUGCAUCACAGAAUCCAUACCAGAGAGCGAGACACUGAGUACACCACAGCUUCUCUUGAUGCGUUUGGAGCAUUCCUGAAAAGCUGUGUGUAAAGUAAGAAUUUGCUGACAAGCCAUUUCCCCCUUUUGUUUCUAAAUUUAUUUCAGAGAUGUGUGCUCAUGGAAGGGAAUAAACAUCCUCAACAGACUUAAACACACACACCCACACACUUUUUAAGGAUCCUUAUAGUUAGAUUAGCAGUGUUCUACCUUUGCAUAGUCUGUGGGCAUAUAAUUCUUCCAUACAGCCCCUGUAGAGAAAAACUAGUCAUGAAUAAGCCACAUGAUAUUUCCUUAUGAGAUAAAAGCACACACAGCAAAAUGUCAUGCUUUUCAGUAAUGAGGAUACCUUUAAGGCGCUAUUGGACUCUCAGCAACUAUGAUACAGAAUUGAAAGAUUAAAAUUGGCUCUCUAAAAAUGAUACUUAGGUUAAAAGCUGCUUGCUGCAAACAAGCCCUGGUUGGCCAACAUCAUGCUGUACCUUAUUUCUCAAAAAGAGAGGGAUAGUUAAAACAAAAACUACAUUGGGACAUGCUGCUUGAACUAGUUAUAUAUAUAAGAUAUAUAUGAACACUGGUAGCCUACCAAAGCUAUAGAAAUCUAGGACUGUGCUGAUGAGUAUCAAACCAAAGAUUUCUAUCUCUUCCUGAAAGAGAGGGUAUGUGCACCAGUCUCCAGUUCCAAAGGACUGCCACAAAUGUAGAUGGUUUUAUCCUCAUCACUGAGAUAAAUUCUACUGAAAUGGCAACGAUUCAAAUACUUCUCUCCCUUCUGGAAGAAAUCCCUAAAGCACUAAUCACACUCUGAAAUGCAUUUCUCCAUAAGUUAGCACUUGAUUAUAUACCGUCUUGUGAUCCUUCAUUGUUUCAUGUAUGAAAUUUUUAAUCACCCACCUUCCCCCCCAAAAAAAGAGAUGCUUUGACAAGGGAUAUAUUUAUAUCCUUACAGCACUGGGCACAGUGCUGAACACAGAAGAAGCACUCAUUAUGCCUGACUUCUGACAGGACUUUUGCACUUACGAGAAAGCCCUGUGAAUCCUGAGUACCUGAAAUACAGUAGCCUGGCCAGCUUUUGAAGAGGACAUGCAGAGCCUGAGGCAUGCUAAAGCUCCAGGGUCUUAUGCUAUUUUUGUCCUAAACAAAAGAAAGGCACCAUUGAGCCACCUGCAUAGACUUUCUAAACAUGGAUCAGUGAGUAAAUACCAUGGAAUGUCAGAAAUGACUCCACUAUCCCAUCUUAAGAAACAGACAAAAACUUACUAAGGCCAUGUUUUGACAUCUUUUUAUGACAAAGAUCUUAGCCAGAAUUUUCUUCAGUCAGCUGCUGAACAACUUGAUGAUUUGGGCACUUUCUGAAUCAUUUGUAACUUUAAAUAAUAGUUCAGACUACAUAUUUUUUGUUGCUUUUCAGAAAAAGGAAGAUGUAGGAAGCAUUUUCUCCCACACUUUCCAGAAACUUCACAAAAAGCAUUUGAUAUCAUUAGCUGGCCAUUACUAAAUGUAUUAGUUGCUCUGAGAAGUUUACCAACUUGCUAAGAUUUGGUUGGUUGUAUCAGAGUUGUACUACACAGUGUCUUUUCUCUUUCUCAUCACUAAAGACUGAGGUGGGGUUAUAAAAUUUGGAUCUUUUCUAUCAUCUGUGCAAGAAGAUGCAAUUGGCUGCCUGGAAGCCAAUGCCAGAGACUUUUCAGAUACACAUACAAGAAACCCAAGUGUCGGGGGCUACAUAGGUAGUCAUCAGGGACUCAGGUAGAGAUGACUGCUCAUGAGAGCAUGCAAAAGAUUGUAGACAGCUCUGCAGAAACCUAUGACACAAAAUAAGAACACACCUGAAGACUGUCCUCAUAACAGGAGACCCCCAAUAGAGAUUGAGAUUUUCCAUCAAGAAACAAAACUAAGACUCAUCAUUUUGCUGAUCAACAACUUGAGUCCAUGAGACAGCAUGGCUUUUUGGGGAGCCAAUGAGGUGGGGGCAGUUAUGGCCUCAGCUCCAGACCAAACUAAAAUCUGCACAGCAGUAAUUCUUUCACCUCUCUAUAACUUGGACCAACCACAGUUUCUCUAUAGUUUCUAAGCAGUUUCAUCAGUGUUGCCUGGGAAACUUCAAAGAAGUCAGCAGGUGACCAGAAUAUUUCUAUCCAUUCAAUUUAAGAAAAAUAGAAAAGAUACUCCAGAAACAUAUACCUAAGGAACGUUUUAUAGUAAAGUGAAAGUAGAAGAAAUGCUUCUAGAAUUUUCUUCACAAUGAACCACAGUGAUGGUUGCAUAGAAAACCGCUGGUGCUUUUGAGCAAAGACUUGCUGCUGGGAAGCAACUGAAAGCAGUGAGCUGCUUACCUCCAGAUACUGAUCAAAGCACUGACUACUCUUAAGAGGAAAAGAACUUCGGUUGGUUCUUCAUUGGCUUUUUUUUAGCCGGAACUACAUGCUGACAUAGCUCAGCCAU